CUUAUGGAAGAGUACUUUUCCAAAGAAAGGUCCGAAGAGCAAGACUGGAAGAAACGAUCUUUACAGACAUCUGGAAGUCGAGCGCGGAAUUAAAAACACAAGCACACAAACGGGCAGGUGCUGUCGGGACAUGCAGCGAAGUGAUAAACAGAAAAGUUGGCCAUGACAACGUUCCUGGAAUUUAUCCAGCAGAAUGAGGACAGAGAUGGAGUUAGAUUCAGCUGGAAUGUUUGGCCUUCAAGUCGUCUUGAAGCCACAAGAAUGGUAGUCCCAGUGGCUGCCCUCUUCACGCCAUUGAAGGAACGGCCAGACUUGCCUCCUAUUCAAUAUGAGCCAGUUUUGUGCAGUAGAACCACGUGUCGAGCCGUUUUGAAUCCCUUAUGCCAAGUGGAUUAUCGAGCAAAACUCUGGGCUUGCAACUUCUGUUAUCAGAGAAAUCAGUUUCCUCCUACCUAUGCUGGCAUAUCUGAAAUGAAUCAGCCAGCUGAACUCUUGCCUCAGUUCUCCAGCAUUGAAUAUGUAGUACAGCGUGGUCCUCAGAUGCCUUUGAUAUUUCUUUAUGUUGUGGACACAUGCAUGGAAGAUGAAGACUUGCAAGCUCUGAAGGAAUCCAUGCAAAUGUCACUUAGUCUCCUGCCACCAACUGCAUUAGUAGGUCUCAUUACCUUUGGCCGCAUGGUGCAUGUUCAUGAGCUUGGCUGUGAAGGAAUUUCCAAAAGCUAUGUCUUCAGAGGAACAAAGGACCUCUCUGCAAAACAGCUUCAGGAAAUGCUAGGGCUCACAAAAGUAGCCGUUUCACAAGUCGGUCGGGGUCCUCAAGUGCAGCAGCCACCGCCGUCUAACAGAUUUUUGCAGCCAGUGCAGAAAAUUGACAUGAAUCUUACUGAUCUUUUGGGUGAACUGCAGCGGGAUCCUUGGCCAGUUCCACAAGGAAAACGGCCCUUACGUUCUUCUGGAGUGGCUCUUUCUAUAGCUGUAGGGCUCCUUGAGUGCACUUUCCCCAAUACCGGUGCACGUAUAAUGAUGUUCAUUGGGGGACCAGCUACACAAGGACCUGGCAUGGUUGUAGGGGAUGAGCUGAAGUUACCUAUAAGAUCAUGGCAUGACAUUGAAAAAGACAAUGCUAAAUAUGUUAAGAAGGGUACUAAGCAUUUUGAAGCCCUGGCUAAUCGAGCUGCAACAAAUGGUCAUGUUAUUGACAUCUAUGCAUGUGCUUUGGAUCAAACUGGUCUUCUGGAGAUGAAGUGUUGUCCCAACUACACAGGAGGCUACAUGGUAAUGGGAGACUCUUUCAAUACAUCUUUAUUUAAACAGACCUUUCAGAGGGUGUUUACGAAAGAUAUGCAAGGACAAUUUAAAAUGGGAUUUGGUGGCACAUUAGAAAUAAAGACUUCAAGAGAAGUGAAGGUUUCUGGAGCAAUUGGACCCUGUGUUUCUCUCAACUCUAAAGGACCUUGUGUCUCAGAAAAUGAGAUUGGAACGGGAGGUACUUGUCAGUGGAAGAUUUGUGGACUUAAUCCUACUACAACACUUGCACUGUACUUCGAGGUGGUCAACCAGCACAAUGCUCCUAUUCCUCAAGGAGGACGUGGUGCAAUUCAGUUUGUGACUCAGUACCAGCAUUCCAGUGGACAGAGACGUAUCAGGGUGACCACAGUUGCCAGAAACUGGGCAGAUGCACAGACACAAAUCCAAAACAUUGCUGCAUCUUUUGACCAGGAAGCUGCUGCGAUUCUCAUGGCUAGAUUGGCAGUGUAUAGGGCAGAGACAGAAGAGGGGCCUGAUGUGCUUAGGUGGCUGGACAGGCAACUGAUACGACUGUGUCAGAAAUUUGGAGAAUAUCACAAGGAUGAUCCAAGCUCUUUCAGAUUUUCAGAAACCUUUUCACUUUACCCACAGUUCAUGUUUCACUUGCGAAGAUCUCCUUUCUUACAAGUUUUUAAUAACAGUCCAGAUGAGAGCUCAUACUAUCGUCAUCAUUUUAUGCGUCAAGAUUUAACCCAGUCACUUAUCAUGGUUCAGCCAAUUCUCUAUGCCUACUCAUUUAAUGGACCUCCAGAGCCUGUUCUUCUGGACAGCAGCAGCAUUUUACCAGAUCGGAUUCUCCUCAUGGACACCUUUUUCCAGAUCCUUAUUUAUCAUGGAGAGACCAUAGCUCAGUGGCGUAAAUCAGGUUACCAAGAUAUGCCGGAAUAUGAAAACUUUCACCACUUGCUACAAGCUCCAAUAGACGAUGCUCAAGAAAUUCUCCAUUCCAGAUUUCCAAUGCCCAGAUACAUUGAUACAGAACAUGGAGGAAGCCAGGCUCGUUUCCUGCUUUCUAAAGUGAACCCUUCUCAGACUCAUAACAAUAUGUAUGCGUGGGGACAGGAGUCUGGAGCACCCAUUCUCACUGAUGAUGUCAGUUUGCAAGUGUUCAUGGAUCAUCUGAAGAAACUUGCUGUUUCUAGUGCUGCCUGAGAUUCUGCAGUGCAUUAAAGGCACAGAUAAGCUGUAGCCAUAUUUCCAUUUCCAUGUCUGUCCUGACAGUGCUCUGAUAUGCACAAGCUGCCUGACUAGAUGUAAAGCAGUGUUGUUUUCAAGGAAGAGCUUUUGUUAUUCAGCAAAUGUUUUAAUGUGAGCUGCAGUUUGUAAAAAUGACAGAUUGUGGAUUAAGUUAUAAUUAGAAGAAAAAGAACAGUAAUUUUGAUUACUAUGAUACUAUAAUUACUUUGAAAUCAUUAGUAGCAACUUUGAGAUGUGAUUUCAGUUUCCAUUCUGAAUGGUUGAGGUUGAUUCUGCUCUGCACUACAAAGCCACAUUGAACAAUAAAGGAAAUCUUUGGUGAUGUUGAGGUUUCCAGGCUGCCAUAUGACUACUUUUCUACACUCAAUUUGAGCACAAAGUGAACAAAGAAGCAACAAAAAAACAUGUAAAAAUAGUAUUAACUCUGUCCCUUGACAUAGGCUGCCGAACUUUUCUUUCCUGCAGAGAUUAUUCUAUUUAGUGUCAAAUAUUUCUUCCCACUUACCCUGCAUGGUUCUUUUGGGAGCAGAGUUUUUAUUUCCACAUAAAGAAUUUGAACUGACAAGGUAAAAAAAAAAUUGCACAAAAUUCAAAUCCACAUGUUGUAUUUUUGUCAAAAUAUCUCUUACCAAACACAGUAACAGGUGAAUAUGCUCAAAAGUUAACACUUCUAGCUUGAGCUAAGAAGAAAUCCUACACUACCAAAAUGAACCAAGAGUACAGCCUUGUUUUUUGUCUUGGUGAGUAUACUUUUAAAAAAUACAUAUAUUUACCUUUUUGCUAUUGCCUUUUAAUGUUAUUACACUAAUGCAUGACUGCACAUCUGCUUUCUGUAUCCUUUUUGUUAUUAAUUCAACAGGCUGUACAUCUUGUUGAAACAGUAUUAUAUAGAAUAUGAUGUAAUUAAUUUGAUAUUUAGUUCAUACGUAUUUUUUUUGGGUGGAUAAAAUAGGCUUUCCCAACUACUUGUUGAAGUUUACACAUAAACCAGAUGUUUACAUAGGUGAUAUGACAUUAUGACAAGUAAAGAUCUCUAAUGUGGUAAUGGGCAAUAAAAAAUUGUGCCAAAUCUGAAGGAAGAGAGAAUUUUGACAUAGGAAAUCCAAACAUUUACUGGUGUUAUAGGCAUGAGUUUUUGUUUUUUUUUCCUGUAAAUUCUCAAAAACUUGAUUAAAAUCAAUUGCUCUCCAUCUCUUUGAUUUAAAUGAGAUGAGCUCCUUUUGCCUCAAUGCAAAUAAAACACGUUUUUCUUUCACUUUCUGUAUUUAUUGUGCUUGUUUCCAUUGGUGCUUGAAAUGAAAUGUGGAAAUAAAAUAGUAAUAAUAAAAUAUAGAAUAACUUC